GGCAGCAGGGAAUGAGCUGUGCUGGCGAUUUUCUCCGUUGCUAUCUGGCGCUUGAGUUCAGCAGGAGAGAUGAGCUGCAAGUGUCUGAUCGCAGAACAUGCUGGAGGGCUGAGUGCGUCUGGUUGCUGCUGCUGCCUCGCCCCUCCCGCCCCACUGCACUGCCAAAGUCUGUAAUUAGAGUCGCUCGCGCACAGAGGAGCUGCUGCCUGGUUUGUUGACAAAGUGGAUGAAUGAGUGGAUGAACUCCAGCCCCAUCUCUGACAUUAUCCACAGCCAUCAGAGAGCCGAGGAGACGCGCAGUGCAGCGGGAACCUAAUGAUCGGGCUUUGCUUAAUGAACCUCAGCGAGACUUUAGUGCUCCUAUUGUCGCAAUCGCUGGAGUGGAUUUAGGCGUGACUGCACUCGCUCCCAUGCUGUAGGACACACUGCUGCUUAUUAUCAUUUCUAUCAUCCCGGCGCGACUUCUGGCAUCGCAGGCAACUUUUAUCUCCCCGGGACGCUCUUCAUUUUCCGCCCAGAUAAGAGCCUAGCUUCUCCAGAAAGGAGUUGCCACACGGAAUAUCAUGAAAGAGAAGCAUCAAAAAUGUCUGAGCAGAUGGCUAAAACCGCAGCAUUCCUCUACAGUCUUAUCAAUGGUUUUACUAAUGUUUCUGCCAGCAACUGACAGCCUGAAACAGAAUAUUCCUCGGCUCAAGCUUUCUUACAAAGACCUGCUUCUCUCCAACAGCUGUGUUCCAUUCCUGCAUCCAGUGACAGAAGGCCUAGAAUUUCAAACCCUGCUGUUGGAUGAAGAGAGGGGCAAGCUCCUUCUUGGAGCUAAAGAUCACAUCUAUCUGCUUGAUUUGGUAGAUUUAAACACAAAUCUAAGAAAGAUUCACUGGCCUGCAGCAAAAGAAAAAAUUGAGUUCUGCAAAAGAGCUGGUAAAGACAACAAUCUGGAAUGUGCAAAUUUCAUAAAAGUACUUCAUCAUUAUAAUAAAACCCACGCAUACACGUGUGGCACUGGUGCAUUUCAUCCUCUGUGUGGAUAUGUUGAACUUGGAACUCCCAAAGAGGAAGUGGUAUUCCAAUUAGAUACACAAAGCUUGGAGUCUGGGAGACUGAAAUGUCCCUUUGAUCCUCAACCGCCAUUCGCAUCUAUAAUGACAGAUGAAUACUUUUUUGCUGGUACAGCAUCAGAUUUCUUGGGAAAAGAAACAACAUUUACACGUUCCAUGGGAACUCCACCUGACCAUCAUUUCAUCAAAACGGAUACCGAUGACCAUUAUUGGCUUAACGGAGCAAAGUUUUUUGGUGCAUUUGCAAUCCCAGAUACAUAUAAUCCAGAUGAUGACAAGAUCUACUUUUUCUUUCGAGAAGCAUCUCCAGAAGGCAGCUUUUCCGAAAAAUCUGUAUUUUCACGUGUAGGAAGAGUUUGCAAGAAUGAUAUUGGAGGUCAACGCAGUCUGAUAAAUAAAUGGACAACAUUUCUGAAAGCUCGAUUAGUGUGCUCAAUUCCUGGGCCAGAUGGGGGCGAUACAUAUUUUGAUGAAUUACAAGAUAUUUUCUUGCUUCCAACUAAAGAUGAACGGAAUCCAGUAGUGUACGGAAUAUUCACUACUACAAGUUCUAUAUUUAAAGCAUCUGCUGUGUGUGUAUAUAGUAUGGCUGAUAUAAGAGGUGUAUUUAAUGGCCCAUAUGCACACAAGGAAAGUCCAGACCACAAAUGGGUACAGUACGAUGGAAGAAUCCCCUAUCCUCGACCUGGCACAUGUCCAAGCAAAACGUAUGACCCCACCAUCAGAUCUACAAAAGAUUUCCCCGACGAUGUUAUAAGUUUUGUAAAAAAUCACCCGCUCAUGUACAAGGCUGUAUAUCCUCUUCAUGGCAAGCCCGUGUUCACCAGACUUAAUGUGGACUAUAAACUGACCCAGAUUGCUGUGGAUCACGUUGUAGCAGAGGAUGGGCAAUAUGAUGUCAUGUUCCUUGGCACAGAUGUCGGAACAGUUCUUAAAGUUAUUAGUGUGACAAAGGACAUAUGGAACAUGGAAGAAGUUCUGUUGGAAGAGAUGCAGAUAUUUAAGCAACCUGCAGCGAUCACAAACAUAGAACUAUCACUCAAACAGCAACAACUUUACAUUACAUCUAAAGAUGGGUUAGUUCAGCUGUCGCUGCACAGGUGUGACACUUAUGGCAAGGCUUGUACAGACUGUUGCCUAGCAAGAGACCCCUACUGUGCCUGGGAUGGAAACUCUUGUUCUCGAUAUGUGCCAACAUCAAAAAGACGUGCAAGAAGACAAGAUGUGAAAAAUGGAGAUCCCCUAACUCAGUGCUGGGAUGUCGAAGAUAAUGCAAAUCAAGAACCUGCAGAGGAAAAAGUAAUAUUUGGCAUUGAAAACAACUCUACUUUUCUAGAAUGUAUGCCUAAAUCCCAACAAGCAUCAAUCAGGUGGUUUAUUCAGCACACAGGGGAGGAGCGCCAGGAAGAGAUAACAUCUGAUGAAAGAAUCAUUAAAACAGACUACGGGCUUCUGAUUCGCAGUUUACAGAAAAAAGACUCAGGAAUGUACUACUGCAAAGCUCAAGAGCACACGUUUAUACACACUAUCACAAAGCUCAAUGUUAAAAUAAUAGAGAAUGAACAGAUGGAAAACACACAGAAGUUGGAAGAUGAUGAGGGAAGGAGCCGAGAUUUAAUAACAGAGUCAAGAUUGAGGUACAAAGAUUAUUUACAGCUCCUCAGUAGUCCAAGCUUCAGUCUGGAUGAGUACUGUGAGCAGAUGUGGCACAAAGAGAAGAAGAGGCAACGCAAUAAAGGUGGCGCUAAGUGGAAACACGUCCAGGAGAUUAAAAAAAACAGAAACAGGAGACACCAUGAGCAGAGGAAUCAGUGGGCUAGAAUUUUAUCAGCAUAGACUGAUUUUUUUAUUGGCAAGGACAUCUGCAUUCAUUUCUCCUUUGCGUAUAUGUCUUACAAUGAUUUUCUUUUACUUUAGGAUGAUAGGACUGGUGCAAGUCAACCUGGUAUUAUUAUGUAAUCACAGGAAGGGAAGAUACUUAACAUCCUGUGUUGCAUUAUAGCACUGAAUUAAACAGAAUGGAAUAAAAUACCUUAAAAGAGCUAUAUUCCUAUGAACUUUUAAAACCUUAGAAGAUGUAAUUGAUGUAGGAGGAUCUUGUCAACCCACCAACUCUUAUUUGUUUCUCAAAUCUUUAUAUAAACAAGGAACUUGGAUAUAAUAACUAAUAUUCUGACCUGAAUUUCAUUUUUAUGGGAAGGAGGCACCAGAGAGUUUCAGGAUACCUAGCAUUAUAUAUUAGUCACAUCAAGCAUACAGUAUAAAGGUGAGGUGUUAGUAAGAACAAUGUUCCCUUUUAGAUUAGGAUUUCUGCGUGGUAUUAAUGUAUUUUUUUCUCAAAACGUGGGUUAAGUUAAAAUGGGGAAUUCUGGAUUUUAUUUAUUGAACUAUGUUAUUUAGGUGUUGUUUUCUGUUGUUUUUUUGUAAAUUAUAAAAGAAUGUUUAGAAGUUUAAAAGUAACUCUUCCUUUUUUGUAUUGAGUAGCAAUUUUCAAACCAGCUUAAUAAUAUUAUUUUCAUGGUAACUGCAAAUAUAUUCAAAUAUCGCUUAUAUUUCUUAUUUCUGCCCUUACAAAUGAAUCCAUAAAAACUUAUGUUAAAGGACCAGUAACAUCAAAAAAUUAAAUUGUUUUAAAUUAAUAAAAAUAUAAUGCAGUGUUGCCCAGCA